UUCUUCUUCUCUUGCAGAAAGCACAGCUCCCUCUCACACACUCACACACUUCUUGUUAAUUCAGAAGAACAAAAUGAUCAACGUCAACAAAUAACCUGAAAUAGUGACUUUAUGAGUUGGAAUCAAUUAUUAUUUUGAGGCACGGACAAUAUACUUUUAAAGGAAAGGAAUACAUCUAAAGAAAAAGGAGAACAAAGGAAAGUCCAGUGAGAAUAUUGGAAACCUGAAGCUUUACUUUCUUUUUUUGUCAAGCUCGUAAGUCAGAAUAAUAUCGGCGGGAGCAGCAUGACGUCGGUUUACUGGUUCAGUCGGAUGCAGGAUGCGUAUCCAUUAGCAUUAUGCUCGGUAUAACGUAAAGGUAUAAGAGACAAUUCCCUCCUGACUGUAAUGAUGCUAUCAUGUUAUAUUAAUAAUAAAGAAAAGGGCUGGAGGAAGGCUAAAUGGCUUGCAUGGUGUAUUUUGUUACCUAGGUGGCGUUAACGGUCAGGAAGUCAUGUCGAGAUCUGGCGAUAGAACGUCCACCUUUGACCCAACACACAGUGACACCCUGCUGCACGGGCUCAACCUUCUAUGGAGGAAACAGCUUUUCUGCGAUGUGACUCUCACCGCCCAGGGACAGCAGUUCCACUGCCACAAAGCCGUGCUUGCGUCCUGUUCCCAGUACUUCAGGUCUCUCUUCUCCACCAGUCACAUGCUCAACAACGAAGGGACGAACAACAACAAAGACCAGGGGAGCAGCGGCACCCCGUCCUCCUCCCCCGACGACAAGCUGAUGGCUAGCACCCGGUCCAUCAACAACCUAGUCCUUCAGGGCUGCUCCUCCAUCGGACUACGGCUGGUGCUGGAGUACUUAUACACUGCCAACGUCACUCUCUCCCUGGACACUGUUGAAGAGGUGCUCUCGGUCAGCAAGAUCCUUAACGUGCCCCAGAUCACCAAGCUCAGUGUGCAGUUCCUUAACGACCAGAUCUCUGUGCAGAACUACAAACAGAUCUGCAAAAUUGCAGCCCUGCACGGUUUGGACGAGACCAAGAAGCUGGCCAACAAGUACUUGGUGGAGGACGUGCUGCUGCUGAACUUUGAGGAGAUGUGUGCCAUGCUGGACGCUCUGCCGCCCCCGGUGGAGUCAGAACUGGCCCUUUUCCAGAUGUCGGUCCUCUGGCUGGAGCAUGACCGGGAGACUCGCAUGCACUACGCCCCGGACCUGAUGAAGAGGCUGCGCUUCGCCCUCAUCCCAGCCCCAGAGCUGGUGGAGAGGGUACAGUCGGUUGACUUCAUGAGGACUGACCCGGUGUGCCAGAAGCUGCUCCUGGAUGCCAUGAACUACCACCUGAUGCCCUUCAGGCAGCACUGCAGGCAGACCACAGCCAGCAAGAUCCGUUCCAAUAAGAGGAUGCUGUUAUUGGUGGGUGGCUUGCCCCCUGGACCUGAUCGACUCCCCAGUAAUCUGGUCCAGUAUUACGACGAUGAGAAGAAGACAUGGAAGAUCCUCACAAUAAUGCCUUACAACAGUGCCCAUCACUGCGUGGUGGAGGUAGAGAACUUCAUUCUGCUACUGGGUGGAGAAGACCAGUGGAACCCCAAUGGAAAGCACAGCACUAAUCAUGUCAGCCGCUAUGAUCCACGAUUCAACAGUUGGAUACAACUUCCUCCUAUGCAGGAAAGGAGAGCUAGUUUCUUCGCCUGCUGCCUGGAUAAGCACCUGUAUGUAAUUGGCGGGAGGAACGAGUCAGGCUACCUCUCCAGCGUGGAGUCCUACAACCUAGAGACUAACGAGUGGAACUAUGUGUCAUCCUUGCCCCAGCCUCUGGCCGCACACGCCGGAGCAGUGCACAAUGGGAAAAUAUACAUCUCAGGAGGAGUCCACAAUGGAGAGUAUGUAUCCUGGCUGUAUUGCUAUGACCCCAUCAUGGAUGUGUGGGCCAGGAAACAGGAUAUGAACACAAAGAGAGCUAUUCAUGCCCUGGCUGGGAUGAACGACCGCCUCUAUGCUAUCGGGGGCAACCAUCUGAAAGGGUUCUCUCACCUGGAUGUGAUGCUGGUGGAGUGUUAUGACCCCAAAGCGGAUCAGUGGAACAUCCUGCAGACACCUAUUCUGGAGGGCCGCAGUGGCCCCGGCUGUUGUAUCCUGGAUGACAGCAUCUUCCUAGUGGGCGGAUAUAGCUGGAGCAUGGGAGCCUACAAGUCUUCCACCAUCUGCUACAGCCCAGAGAAGGGGACCUGGACAGAGCUGGAGGGAGAGGUGGCAGAGCCCUUAGCAGGCCCAUCCUGCUCCACUGUCACACUGCCUGCCUGUCUGCCCUUCAACAAAUAACUCCCCUCAAUAGGUACUGAGGGAGUGGGAAGGAGGCAAGGAAGAGGUGAGGGGCUGGAGUGAUGAGGAAACGGAUCAUCUAUAAACGAACAGUUGAAAAACACAUUUUGUGAUGAAGUACUCCAAUCAGCCGAUGGGAUAUGUAUAAAUUAUUUUUUUACAUGUUUGACAAAAGAGCACUUUCGUUAUUAUUGCCUACUGAAGGUUUGAAAAAGUAAGUAAUCAUGUAUUUCAUGUAUUUUAACCCCAUCUGUGUUGAACUUUCAGACAAUGGUCCCAUUUCAUAUCAGAUUUUUCUUUAAUCGAUAGUAAGUGUUUUUGGCUUAUCUUGAUAUAGCACGCAUAAUGUUGAACUGAAUUGUUUUAGCUUAUCUUGUAAUUAGUAGGAGACAUCAAUUAAAAAACCAAAUGGACUGCUGUUAAAAAGAAUAAACACUGGAAACAACCUGUCAGACAAAUUGCAAUGAAACUGAACUCUGGUUAAUAUGCUCAUCUUUCUUCAAUCAAAAUCAGGAUUUUGUGUGCAGUAUAUUAUAAAGCAGAGACAAUAACCGUUCAUCUGCGGCAACUGAAUCAUUUUUUAAGCUGCAAGCGAGUUUUUUUUUCUUCACAUUCAACAUUGAUUCUGAAAACUGCACUACAAACUGAUAUUAUUAAGGAUGGUACAAUCAAAUUAUUAUCAUUCAUCGCUAGCCAUCGGCAUACAUGGGUAGCCAUGGUAACUGAGUGAUAAGGUGGGUUUUCUGUUGUUUUGUGUUCAAUGUUACCUGUUAAUGUUUAACAGAGCCUAUUUCCAGAGACCACAGGACAAUUUCCUCAAAAGGCUAUGUCCCAUUUAAGAUUACGAUGAAGCACACAGUGGUCCUCAAUGCACUAUAGUGAAUCUAUAAAACAACUCUGUAAAUGAAUGGUUCACAAAACUAAAAGUUUAUUGAAUUGUUGUUACCUUUAGUAUACUACGUUCAAAAACAUGAUGAAAAGUGAAUUUAACUGUCAUGUCUGCAUUCUACUCUUUUGUCUAAGUUAGUGUGCAAGGUCCACACAGAAUAUACCUGCUAAAUUGCAUAUAGAUAGGGUAUGUUGAUUUUCAUUCUUGUAAAUAAUCGCUUGCAGUGGAACAUUUUUGUGCACUCAACCUGGGAUUUAUUCUCAAAUCCUGUUAUGUCCUUUGCAUUUUCGAAUAUGAAAAUAAAAACUCAA